GUGCCGAGCCGCACUCGGCGGGGAGGGGCGCUGCGGGGCCACUGCGCCUGCGCGGCGGCGGCGGGGUCCCGGGGCGGGGGCGGGGGGGGAGCGGCGGCAUGGCGGAAGCGCGGCUGGGCGCAGGUGCACUGAAUCUCAGUCCUGAUGCCCCUGAUUCCCUUUCAGGAGAAAGACAAUCUACAGAUGUAAACUGGGUAAAUAAAGAUAGGAAAGAAUCUAGCAGCAAUCAGAGUAGAAGUAGUUUACCAUUUUCUAGUCUGUCUGAAAGAGCUACGGAUUAUGAAAACUCUUCCACAAAGCAUUGUGGUGUUUUUAAUCCUGAAAGUCAGUAUGGGAAUUCUCAAGACUUUCACCAGUAUUUUGGUACCAGUAAAAGUUCAAAAAAUCGCUACUUUCAAAGCCAGAGGUGGCACAGAUCAAGAAAUGAUAGCACCUGUGCUAGAAAUAAGGUAAGACAAAGUACUACUGAUACUGCUGCAAGUGCAGGAACUUCAGAUGCUGCAAUGGUACAUGGAAGAAGAGCACCUCCUAGAGGAUAUAAUGACCUUCUCUCUUCAGAGAGUGAUAGGGAUGUACCUAAUGCAGAUAGCAGAGGAGCAAAGCCAAAGAAAACACACUUGAUGCAUGCAUCUGGAAGAGGUUUCAGGGAGAAGGGAAGGCAAAUACAUGAGCGAGAAAAAAGAAUUAACUCUAAACAGAAAGCAGAGCUGUUUGAAAAUGUUCCAUCUUUGGAUUUGAGUCAGUCUGACUCUUCAGAGUCAUCUGUUGGAAAGGCAUUCUGUGAGGCACCGAAUGGUAGUGGGGAUGAGCAGAAAGGCUACAAUUACGUAAACAAAAGAUAUCCCCGGAAGCCCGUGUGGAAUAAACCCCCAGCGGAAAAAGAGAGUCAGAGAAGACAUGAUUCUCAUCGUAGUAAAAAUACAAAAGUAGGUAAGAAGUCUUCACAUGCAUAUACUCCAAAAGAUAAAAAUGAGAGGAAGAAAGAACUCUCUGUUUGCAAAAAUGAUGAAAACUUGACCAGUGAGAGCAAGCAUGAAUUGUCUGACUCUGUCAGAUGUAAUGGAAGAAAGUUCCUGCUAAAGGGGGAUCAGGUAUCUUCCCUUCAUUUCAGCUGGACCCAGUACUGGAAGAAGCAAAGCGAUAUACCAAAAAACAAGGAAACUCAUACAGGGUCCUUGAUUGAGCAGCUGACCACAGAGAAGUACGAGUGUAUGGUAUGUUGUGAGGUAGUCCGGAUAGUAGCCCCUGUGUGGAGCUGCCAAAAUUGUUACCAUGUGUUCCACCUGAAUUGCAUUAAGAAAUGGGCAAGAUCACCGGCUUCUCAAGCAGAAGAUGGUAAUAGUGGUUGGAGAUGUCCAGCUUGUCAGAAUGCUUCUACACAAGUUCCUAGAACUUACACUUGUUUCUGUGGUAAGGUACACAAUCCCGAAUGGAAUAGAAAUGAAAUUCCACAUAGCUGUGGGGAGCUUUGUGGAAAGAAGAGACAGACUUUGGACUGCCCACAUCUUUGUAACAUCCUGUGCCAUCCAGGACCUUGUCCUUCAUGCCCAGCCUUUGUGACAAAAACAUGCGAAUGUGGACAAACAAGUCAUUCAGUUCGCUGUGGCCAAUCAACAAAAAUUCAUUGUUCUAAUGUAUGUGGAAAUACUUUAAACUGUGGUAAGCACAGCUGUACCCAGGUGUGCCAUGCAGGAAAAUGUGCGCCUUGCCAGCUAACAGUACAGCAAGUGUGUUACUGUGGAAGCAACUUUAAAGAAGUAUUGUGUGGGACAAAGGAAGAAUUCUCUGAUGGAUUUGGGAGUUUCUCAUGCCAGAAUACAUGUGGCAAAAAAUUAAAUUGUGGGAGGCACAACUGUACACAGAUAUGCCAUCCUCAGCCUUGCCAGCUCUGUCCACGACUUCCACAAGUAGUGUAUCGCUGUCCCUGUGGUCAGACUCCUCUCAGCAAGUUACUGGAACUAGGAUGUGUUGAACGUAAAAUAUGCACAGAUCCUAUCCCGUCGUGUGGAAAAACAUGUGGCAAACCUCUUUCUUGUGGUAGCUAUGAGUUCCUUCAUACAUGUGAAAGCCUUUGCCAUGAAGGAGAGUGUAAACCAUGUUCUCAAACAUCAAAUAUUUAUUGUAGAUGUGGCUUCAAAAAAAAGGAAGUCCCAUGUGCUCUGCUCAGGAAUAAAGCUGCUAUUACAUUCAUGUGUGAUAAGCGAUGCAACAAAAAAAGAUCAUGUGGACGACACAAGUGUAAUGAAGUUUGCUGUGUGGACACGGAGCAUAAGUGUUCUUUGGUUUGUGGCCGCAAACUCAACUGUGGGCUUCAUAGAUGCGAAGAACCUUGUCAUCGGGGCAGUUGUCAAACCUGCUGGCAAACAAGUUUUGAUGAGUUAACUUGUUAUUGUGGUGAAUCGGUGAUUUACCCCCCUGUCCCCUGUGGCACUCAGCCACCAGAGUGUAAGAAAACAUGCACCAGGCCACAUGAUUGUAAUCAUCCAGUGUACCAUUCAUGUCAUAGUGAGGAGAAGUGUCCACCGUGUACCUACCUGACUCAGAAAUGGUGUAUGGGCAAGCAUGAACUGCGAAGUAAUAUUCCAUGUCAUCUCACUGACAUUUCUUGUGGACUUCGCUGCAAUCAAAUGUUAAAAUGCGGAAUGCACAAAUGUAAAAGAAUCUGUCAUAAAGGAGAAUGUCUUAUAGAUGAAGAGUGUAAACAACCUUGUGUUAUUCCAAGGCUAUAUUGUAAUCAUCCCUGUAUGGCUCCAUGUCAUCCUUCUUCACCCUGCCCGACAACAUCCUGCAGUGCAAAGGUUGAUCUUCACUGUGAAUGUGGAAGAAGAAAGGAGAGUAUGAUUUGCUCAGAAGCAUCUAAUACGUAUCAAAGAAUAGCUGCUAUAUCUAUAGCCACUAAGUUAACAGAUCUGCAGCUUGGAGAUUCAGUGGAAAUCAGUAGGCUUAUUACGAAAAAAGAAAUGAAGCAGGCCAGGUUGCAAUGUGAUGAAGAAUGUUUAGCUCUUCAGAGGAACAGGCGUCUUGCUGAGGCUCUUGAAAUAGAUGAUAACUCUGACCCUUUCAACAUCCGUUCUUCUGGACCAAAGUACAGUGACCUUUUAAAAGAAGAUGCAAGGAAGGAUUUAAAAUUUGUCAGUGAUGUUGAGAAGGAGAUGAGAAUGCUUGUGGAAGCUGUGAAUAAGGGCAAGCAUACAAAAAAGAGUCAUUGUUACCCACCAAUGAACAGGGAUCAUCGCAGAAUCAUCCAUGAAUUAGCUCAGGUGUAUGGCAUUGAAAGUGUGAGCUAUGACAACGAACCAAAGCGUAACGUUGUUAUCACCGCAGUGAAAGGGAAAUCCAUUUGUCCAAGCAAUACUUUAACUUCUGUGCUGGAUAAAGAAAUGCAGAACAGGCCUCCACCUCCUAUUCCUCAUUACAAACAAACAGUUUCAGGAGUAGUGGAAGCAGUGGUUUAUCCAAACCAUUAAAAGAAGAGCCAGUAAUUGACUACUUCGAUGUCCAAGACUGAAAUGGUUGAUGUAGAAUUAUGAUGCAGAAGCUUACAGGUGAAGAUACUAAAUUAUUGUGCAAGGCACUUUUUGGUUAUCUAUCAAAUGACCAGUUGUUCAGCAUGUCCAUGAUUUAACAUCUAAAGUUAGAUUGUGAUACUUUACAGUUUACAUCACUGCAUAACUGCAUAAUACUUAACAGUAGUAUAAUUUUUUUCAACCUGUGUUUGCUGCAUUUUUUUUAUCUAAUAUGCUGUCAGAACGAUGUAAAUUUCCAUCAAUGCCUUUAAAGUGAGAGAGCUGAUAAUCAAAUAGAUUCUUUUGAGUAGUGAGAACAACAAUAAAUCUUAAAGAUUUACUUCAACAUAUCUCACACAAUUUAAACUAAACCAGGAGUAAUCUUUGUUAAAAGCACUAAAGGGAAUAUUCUUAAAGCAUUUUCAUAUUUUUAUUAAUUUGUAUCCAUGUUAAUGUGGUAAAUUUGGUAAUUUUAGUUACUCCUUUGCAUGGACUGAAAUACAAAAUUUAGUCAGUCUUGAAGUACAAGUAUAUGCUCUAAACGCCACUUAAGAGCACAGGUUUCUUUUGUAUCUGAAGAACCAGGAUUUGGGGAAGGUGGGGAAUUAAAGCUUAUUUUGUUUUACCUCAAAUUUGACAUUAAAAAAAAAAACAAAAUAAAAAAAAAGACAUCAUUAUUAAUGUUAUUCAAGACCUUGAACAAGAUAAGCUUUUAUACAUUAUUUUGGUGUUCUAUUUGAUUUAGCUUUUAUUUAGAUAUGUUAGCUUGAUGGUCUUGGGUUUUUUGCAUGGUUUUUGUUAAUGGUUUAUUACUUUUUUCUGUACUGUGCAAGCUUAAGGGAAUGUGUGAAAAAAAUAUUAUGAAUCUGGAACAAUUUUUGUAAAAUUUGUAAGAACAUCUGUCUUAGCUCUUUGCCAGUGGAAGGUAUUUGUUGCAUGGGAAAUGCCAUGAACAAAAUGGGAUGGUGGUAUAAACAGUUUAACAGUCUCUCAGAUGGUGAAUUGUUUCCAGAUCACAAGCUAAAGUGGGAGAGAGGUGAUUCUGAGCAGACCUACAAAGUGGCACAGUUCUUGACUUUGAGUGAUUCACAUUGUCUAGGGGAGAUGGACCUUUCAAUUAAUGACUUCCUUAAUUUGGCACUGGUUUGCUGUUUCUUGUUCUGUGUGGCUACAUGCAGCACUGGAGGCAAGUACCCUGUACAGCAUCAGGGGCUGCUGCUGUUCAAAGGAGCUUAGAAAAAAAAGAAACAGACCUCAUGGAAGCCUUGAUGGUUUGGGUUUCAGCUAGCUUACUAUGCUGUAGUGUGAGGUUCGUAGCCAAGAAAAUGAAAGGCAGUGAUCCAUGUUUAAAUUUACAUAGUUACGAAACCGUGAGUCUUAUAUGUGAAGCAUUCUAUGGCUACAUUUCAUCCUGAACAUCCGGAGCUUGUGAAACAGUGAACAGCAAAGUCACAGAUGAUAUCUGCCCCUUAAAUCUUUUCAGAAUUAAAACGUAUGUUAUUGCAUAUUUUUGUGUGUUUUUUAUUUCACAUAAAAGAAAGUCGUACGUGUUUCUAAAUGUUUCAAAUGCAUGUCACCAUUUACCUUCUGGUAGAACAGUUACCAGAAGGACUCUCAUUUCUCAAGACUGUUCAGGCUUUUAAUUUGUUCAUAGCGGUUUAAAUUACUUACUUAAAUUACUUUGUCUUACUUUUUGUGAACAAAAAUUAAGAAUAAAUUAACAAAGCUUAUAGUACCCUGAUUUUUCUAAGCACACUGUUUUGAUCCUACAAGGCAUACUGCUUUGUGAAGUUCAGCUAAAGCUAAGGAAAUUAGUUACUUAGCAUCUUUCCAGGAAUCUUUUCUUCAAUCCCAUCAUUGUGAGGAAUGUAUCUAUUCCAGUGCUUGCAGACAAGUGCCAGUUCACUGUGGCUAGACAAAGGCUAAUUCCUGUGUAGAAACCCAGAGCUAUCUUAUGAUAGCAGUGUUUUCAAGAUAGUAACUCCAACAGGGAGAAUGUAUCUAGUUACACUACCAGGGUUGGUUCUGGACAGGAGCCUGCCACACAUGUCCAGUGAGCUGAAAGUGUAGGUAAAGUGAGCCCCAGAGUAUGUGUGGCUCAUGGAGUUGGUAUUCUGUAAGCAGACCUAACACACAGACACAUACACACAGAGCCUAAGUGAUUUAGUUAAUAUUAAACAGCAUAAAGCUGAUGCCUUUUCACAUAUUUUCUUAUGAAUACAGCUAAUGCUUCACAUUUGCACCUCUGAUUUGAAAUAUAAAACUUAAAGGUUUUAGUAGCAUUAUCUCUUUCAUUUUUUUAAGUGAAAUUAUGGCUUUAACAUAAAUAUAUGAACCUGGUGAGAUGCACUUCAGCACCCUACAGUUUUUAGUAAGAAAACCCAGGUAAUCUUCAGCUUCUCAGGUUGGACUAAUUAAUUAUACUGGAUCUGUUCAUACUGAGAAAUCAUAGUACUCAUUACUAAAUAUCUUAACUGCACAUAUAUUAACUCUUACGUGGAUGUGUAAAUUACACAUCUCUAUAUCAUGGCUGUUGGACUCUAUCUGUAGUUAUGAAGCAAGUCACACGUACGAAAAUGUUUGCUUUGAAAUGCAUUCUAGUAACUCGGUUAAAAACAUGAUACCAUGAUACCGUACCCAGGGAAUUAAUACCAAAACCAAAAAGUAUUGAUGUCUUUCCUCCCAGAACACAGUAACAUAGCCUUAAAAAGGAACUCAGCAGUUUAACAGUGGUGCUCUUCUUUCUGUUCUCAUUUGCUUUUGCUGCAAUGUCUGUGACUUUCAUACUGAAGAGUACUAAAGACUGCAGUUCUGAAAUCUGUGAUAACUCAUUUUCAUACUGCACAUGUGCCUCGUGGAAAUGUUUUUCAAUUAGCUAUUUUGUAAAUCCCAUGAGCAGGCCUUUACGUCUUUUAUUUGAUAGAAGAAUGAGAGAAUAAAAGAUCUUUGCAUCAGUGAAGUCAGUAGCAAAAACCUUAUUGACAUGACUGUAACCAAGACUUAAGCUUGAACAUGCUAGUCAUUUUCCAGAGCCCUUAGAAUAAUACUAUUUCUUGCAGAUUUAUUUGAUAUAAGUACUCUGCAAUAAGUGUCUUUUGAAAUAACUUGUGUGGUGUAAGUUGGAAGUCAUGUAACUUCAUUAAGUGCUUUUAAAAUUGUGUAUAAAAUAGAUAUUUUGGCAUUUGGGCUGUGCUAUUACUGAUCUGUAUUGUUUAAUGCAUUUAAAGUGCUCUGAGUAUUCAGUGCUUGGAUUUAACCUAAAAUUGUGUAAGAUGUGUAAGUAGACUUCAGUAUCACUGCUACUGUGGCACUUUUGUACAAUAUCUGCCGCAUAAGGAAAUAAGCAAAAUAAAACUGUUCUAAAUCACUUUUCUUAAGUUAUUUGUUGAAAGCUUUUUAUUUUACUUGAUUUUUUGAAGUUGGUGUAAAAUGACUUUCGUUAUAAACCUGAAAUAAAUGCAAGUUGAAAGUUC